CAGGUCUUUCCAGUCCCCUCCUCACGCCUCUCCACCGGGCACACACACCGCAUUUCUGGUAGGAACACGGUCCGAAGAUGUGGGCAUCAGGACUGCUGUUUCUGACUGCUGCAGCCUUGGUUGUUAGUGCCGCUCCUGUCGCGAACAAUUAUAACGACAACACCGAUGAAGUGUUGGACGGAUAUAUCCAGCGGCUGACGGAGCUUCGGAGUCGGCUUGGCGAGCUGGCAGAUGAGGAACCAGCCAAGAGGAGAACUGAUGAUAUGACACCUGCACUAGAACUGCGCCAAAUCGGCGCGGGGAACUGUAACCCUAGCCCCUGUCUGCAGGGUGGCUCGUGUCAGGACCUGGGUUACACCUACAAGUGCAGCUGUCCCAAGGGCUGCAGUGGGCGGCGCUGUGAACUGGGCAAGCCUGAACGACGUGGUGUUUACAUCUCCAUCGGCGGUGGAAAGAGCAACGGCGGGUCCUCUGGAAAGGGAGCGAUCAAUGUCAUCAACAAUCAGAUCUCCGUGUAUGCUGGUGAUGACAAACCCUGCUGUUCCAAACCUCCAUGCGCGUGCCAGGCCAGCCGACCUGCCCCUGUACCCGUUCCGGUACCGGUUCCAGUUCCCGUGGAGUUACCGGUAGAAGUACCUGCUGAGAUUCCUGAGGCACCACCAGUCGUAGCGACAACACAAGUACCGGUUCCAGUAGUUGUUACUACACCCGCCCCAAUGGUAGAAACUCCAGCGCCUGUAGUUGUGACAACACCCGCCCCAAUGGUAGAAACUCCAGCGCCUGUAGUUGUUACUACACCCGCCCCAAUGGUAGAAACUCCAGCGCCUGUAGUCGUAACAACGCCCGUCCCAAAGGUAGAAACUCCAGCGCCUGUAGUUGUGACAACGCCCGUCCCAAAGGAGGAAACUCCAGCGCCUGUAGUUGUGACAACACCUCAACCAAUAAAAGUUACAACGAAGCUUCCGACUCAGAAACCGGAAACUCCAGCUCUGACUGAGAAACCGGAAGCUCCAGCACCGGUUGAAAAAGUGGAAGCAGAAUCACAGCAAAGUUCCAGUGUCAGCAAGGUGGAGUCACAACAGAUCCAGAUAGACUGUGCCAACUGGAAGACCUGGUACAGCAACAUUAAGGAGAAAGUUGGAGAGGCUCAGUUUACAGGCAUCAUGAACACAUGCAAACCCGUUGUCUGUCAGGACGCUGCUUUCAAGGAGACCUACGCAGACAUGUUUGGAACAAUCGGCUGUGCGGCAUAUCUACUGUCCAUCCAAAGCAAGGUGCAGUCGCAGACACAGCAGAUCCAGCUGGACUGCUCCAAAUGGCAGACCUGGUACGAAGAUAUGAAGAAGAAACUUCCAGCUGCCCAGUUCCAGAGCAUCAUGAACAGCUGCAAACCCAACGCUUGUCAAGAUGCUGCCUUUAAAGAGACAUACCCAGACAUGUUCAAGGCCGUGGAUUGUGCGGCCUACUUACUGACUAUCCAAAGCAAGGUCCAGUCACAGACACAGCAGGUUCAGCUAGACUGCGGCAAAUGGCAGACCUGGUACGAAGAUAUGAAGAAGAAACUCCCAGCUGCUCAAUUCCAGAACAUCAUGAAUGCUUGCAAGGCCAACACUUGUCAAGAUGCCGCCUUCAAGGAGACCUACCCAGAUAUGUUUAAGGCCGUGGGUUGUGCAGCUUAUUUACUGACUAUCCAAAGCAAGGUCCAGUCCCAGACACAGCAGGUUCAGCUAGACUGCGGCAAAUGGCAGACCUGGUACGGAGAUAUGAAGAAAAAGCUACCAGCAGCUCAGUUCCAGAGUAUCAUGAAUAGCUGUAAACCCAACACUUGUCAAGACGCUGCUUUCAAGGAGACCUACCCAGACAUGUUUAAGGCUGUGGGUUGUGCAGCGUACUUACUGACUAUUCAAAGCAAGGUUCAGUCACAGACACAGCAGGUUCAGCUAGACUGCGGCAAAUGGCAGACCUGGUACGAAGAUAUGAAGAAGAAACUCCCUGCAGCUCAGUUCCAGAGUAUCAUGAACUCCUGCAAACCCAACACUUGUCAAGAUGCUGCCUUCAAGAAGACCUACCCAGACAUGUUUAAGACUGUGGGUUGUGCAGCGUACUUACUGACUAUCCAAAGCAAGGUUCAGUCACAGACACAGCAGGUUCAGCUAGACUGCGCCAAAUGGCAGACCUGGUACGAAGAUAUGAAGAAGAAACUCCCAGCAGCUCAGUUCCAGAGCAUCAUGAACUCCUGCAAACCCAACACUUGUCAAGACGCUGCCUUUAAGAAGACCUACCCAGACAUGUUUAAGACUGUGGGUUGUGCAGCGUACUUACUGACUAUCCAAAGCAAGGUUCAGUCACAGACACAGCAGGUUCAGCUAGACUGCGGCAAAUGGCAGACCUGGUACGAAGAUAUGAAGAAGAAACUCCCAGCAGCUCAGUUCCAGAACAUCAUGAACAGCUGUAAACCGUAUACAUGCCGCGACAACGCCUUCAAGAAGACUUACCCAGACAUGUUUGGAACACUCGGAUGUGCGGCUUACCUACUAUCGAUUUCUAGCCAGACUAAGGUGUCAUCUUCGUCAAAGACUCUUGAUUGCGGCGCCUGGUCGACUUGGAUGAAGACUAUGAAGAGCCAUCCGCAGUUUGGCAUGAUUAUGAAGACUUGUGCACGACAAAUAUGUACGGAUGCGGCGUUCAAGUCAGGAAAGCCCGAACUCUUCUCAACGUACUGCAAAGGAAUCUCUAGUAAGACGGUGACCAAGACCAAAUCCAGCUCAAAGAGUAAGUUAAUCUAGAUGUAGUCAAAUAUAAUUGGAUAUUCUUCAAUCACUUCAAUCAUCGCAGUC